AUGAUCCAGCCAGGAAUCUGCACUAAAGGGAAACUGAAUGAAUGUGCUGAGUGCGGGAGAAGCUUUGAUCGGAGAUCACAUCUCAUUGUGCAUCAUAAAAUCCACACAGGAGAGAGAUCCUAUAGCUGUCCUGAAUGCGGGAAAACCUUCAGUAACGUCUCAUCCCUAAUUAUUCAUCGGAGAGUCCACACAGGAGAGAGACCCUAUAACUGCCCAGAGUGUGGGAAAUCCUUCCCUCGGAGCUCCACCCUUGUUGUACAUCAGAGAGUGCACACAGAAGAGAAACCCUAUAAAUGCCCCGACUGCGGAAAAAGCUUCAAGCGGAGCUCAACCCUUAUUUCACACCAGAAAAUCCACACAGGAGAGAGACCUUAUAACUGCCUUGAAUGUGGGAAAAGUUUCAAUAAAGGCUCAAACCUAAUUAUGCAUCAGAGAAUCCACACGGGAGAGAGACCCUAUAACUGCCUUGAGUGCAGGAAAAGUUUCACUCGGCACUCACACCUCAUUAGACAUCAGAGAAUGCACACUGGAAAGAUACCCUAUAGGUGCCCUGACUGUGGAAAAAACUUUAGUGACAGCUCAGCUGUUAUUAGACAUCAGAGGAUCCAUACUGGAGAGAGACCCUAUAAAUGCCUUGAGUGUGGGAAAAACUUCAAGCAGAGCUCAGACCUUAUGAAUCAUCAGAGAAGCCACAUGGGAGAAAAACCCUAUUACUGCCCUGAGUGUGGGAAGGGGUUCAGUUGGAAGGCUCAUGUUAUUUCACACCAGAAAAUGCACAGGCCAGAGAGAUCCUUUAACUGCCUCGAGUGUGGGAAAAACUUCUCUAGCAGCUCUGACCUCAUUAGACAUCAGAAAACCCACACUAGAAAGACACCAUAUAAAUGUUCUGUCUGUCGAAAAAGCUUCAAGCAGAGGUCAGAACUUAUUUCACAUCAGAGAGCUCACACAACAAAGAGAAACUAUAAAUGUUCUGUCUGUGGGAAAAGCUACAAGGUGAAGGUCUCUCUAAUGUCCCACCAGAAACUCCACACAGGCUAG